UCUGUCCAUCUUUAUUGCGCUUGUGUUGGGAGGGAUUGAAACGCGUUCAAGAGAGGGUACGACUGUGAGUGCUCUUUCAUUCAGACAGAGAAGGAAAGUGGGGAAAGAGAAAAAAGAAAACUUUUUCAUUUGUCCCUUUGAACCAGCACGAGCCGUGGUUUUCUACCUCGUCUCCUCGAAGAUUUAGGCUCGAUAAUUAUGUGAGAGAUUGCCGUUCACGUGAACUUCUGUUGACGGAGCUUGGUCUUUUUGCUGCUCCAGAGCUCCACUCUUGUGCUGGGUCAGCUCGAUUUUACGAAAUUCUCGAUCCUCCGCUCGCAGAGUGCAGUGAAGUGUACUGAAUUUAUUCGAGUUUGGCAACAUGCCCACGACAUUAUCAUGGGUUGCGACUGCCCUCAACCCGGAGACUAUCCCCGCGAGCCUCGGUUUUGUCGAAUCGUUUCGCUUCUCGGAUUCGUCAAGCUUCGUCCUUGGAGAGAGGCGGCAGGUGUUCAGCCACAGGACUAACAAGGGUAAAAGCCAGAAACUGAGUUGUUGCUCGAUGAGCAGCACGAGCACGCCCUCGAGCUUGAUUACGAGCCCGACAGCUGGGGAAGAAAAAGCCGCGGCGGCAGUGUCGUCGGAGCAGAGGGUGAACAGCGUGGUGCUGAAGCAGGCGGCUCUGGUGAGCGAGCGCCUGAGGUCAAAGGCCAAUCUGGAGGUCAAACCCGAUAUUGUUCUUCCGGGGACUUUGAGCUUGUUGAGCGAUGCUUAUGACAGAUGCGGCGAGGUCUGCGCUGAAUAUGCGAAGACUUUUUACUUGGGGACGUUGCUCAUGACUCCGGAAAGGCGCAGAGCUAUAUGGGCGAUAUAUGUUUGGUGCAGGAGGACUGAUGAACUUGUAGACGGGCCUAAUGCUUCACACAUAACACCUACUGCUUUAGAUAGGUGGGGAUCGAGGUUGGAAGAACUUUUUCAAGGGCGUCCAUUCGAUAUGUUCGAUGCUGCUUUAUCGGAUACUGUUGUAAAAUUCCCAGUUGACAUCCAGCCAUUUAAAGACAUGAUUGAAGGGAUGAGGAUGGACCUCAAGAAGUCACGAUACAAGAACUUCGACGAGCUAUAUCUCUAUUGCUAUUAUGUGGCGGGUACUGUCGGUUUGAUGAGCGUUCCAGUCAUGGGAAUAGCACCCGACUCCCAGGCUACGACGGAGAGUGUCUAUAAUGCUGCAUUGGCCUUGGGAAUUGCUAAUCAGCUGACAAACAUUCUCAGGGAUGUUGGCGAAGAUGCAAGAAGAGGAAGGAUUUAUCUGCCACAAGAUGAGUUGGCCCAGGCGGGACUUUCAGAUGACGACAUAUUCGCGGGGAAGGUCACAGAUAGAUGGAGGUUCUUCAUGAAGAAUCAGAUCAGGAGGGCCAGGAUGUUCUUCAAUGAGGCAGAGAAAGGAGUGACCGAGCUGAAUGCAGCCAGUAGAUGGCCGGUAUGGGCAUCUUUGUUGCUGUACCGUCAGAUUCUGGACGAAAUCGAAGCUAACGGCUACGACAACUUCACAAGGCGGGCCUAUGUGAGCAAGGUCAAGAAACUAGCUUCUCUGCCAAUUGCUUAUACUAAGUCUCUCACGGCUCCGGCCCCAGCAUCAUCUCCUCUUAUCAAGGCACGACCAAAUCAAACACGGUGAUCAACCCAGCAUGCAGUUGUACAUUAGAAAUUGAUAUACUGCAAAAAGUGGUCAUAAAUUUGUAUUGAUUUAUCUUUUGAAUCUGUAAAAAAAAAAAAGGAGUGGAAUUUUCUUCCUCUCCGUCAAGUUGUGAUCCUUACGAUAAAAUUGGCAUGGCAGUGUCGCUGUAGGAAAGACUGCCUCUGUUCAUUGGAGUAGCAGAAAUAUUGAAACCACGUUGAAGAGUUUCGCUACUUUGCAGGAAUAACAAAUCGGUAAGAGUUCGGACAAUUAACCAUUUCACUGCUUUGCUCA